AUGACUGAUCGAAUCUUUUAUAUUAACUCUAACUUGUCCUCUGUCCCCUGUGAAGGCUGCUAUUCAACGCCUGUGCCUCCCAUAGCUCCUUCUUCCCCUGGAUACUACCACGUCCUCUACAGAGGGCAUGGGCAAGCCCAGAUGGCCUGGCAUGGAGAGACAUUCUGCCUGAUCGGAGGCUACCGUGUCUAUGGAGAUGCACCGCUUCCCACACCUGCAAAGGCUGAGGAAGAGAAGCCAGCACCCAGGCGGGCUCCCAAGAGACAGCGAGUUCAGGAAGAGUCAGACCAAGAUCUAGGGUGUCCCAGUGCAAAAGUUCCUCGCCUGAAAUUGAAGCAUGGUGGCAAAGGGUAGCCCCACAGAAGAUGCUGUCUGAGCGUCAUCGCAGAGAGGACAAGCUGGUAGGUGCCUCAGAAGGCUGAGCCCUCUUCAGCAAUGCCCUGCACUGACCACCAAUGUAGCCAGGACCACAGCGGCUCUGCGGUCAAGAACACACCUGCAUGCCAACUAGCCAUGAGCAAGGAUCCUCAGAGUGGAGCUGCACUGAAUAAUCCGUGCUCCCCCCAGUCCUCUAGAGUCUCUUCUUGAGC